UCCCCCUCUCUUCCUCCAAAGAGUGCCCAGGAAAGCCGGGCAUUCACUCGCUUGGCGGCUGCUCUUCCUGGUGUACUCCCAGCUGGCUCUCCCCUGUACAGCUCUCCCACCAUGUCAGGCCACCCCACCAACCUGAGAGUGAAGCUGCCCCUGCUCUGCGCUCUCCUGCAGCUGGCCACAGUCCUCCUGUUUGCCUUUUUCGUCCAGUAUGACAGCCACACCAGCCCCCGGCUGUGGCACGAGGAGAUGCAGUUGCACAGCAAAGGCCCUCUGGACAACGAAUUCUACCCACGCUACCCAAGCUUCCAAGACGUCCACGUCAUGAUUUUCCUUGGCUUUGGCUUCCUGAUGACCUUCCUGAAACGCUACAGCUUCGGUGGGGUGGCUUUCAAUUUUCUGAUCGCCGCCUUUGCCCUCCAGUGGUCUAUCCUCAUCCAGGGAUUUUUCCACACCUUCCACAAUGGCAAAAUCCAUGUGGGAAUAGAAAGCAUGAUCAACGCGGACUUCUGUGCCGGGUCCAUCCUCAUUUCCUUUGGGGCACUGCUGGGCAAGACCAGCCCUGUUCAGUUGUUGCUGAUGGCUGGGCUGGAAGUCACCCUCUUUGGUAUCAACGAGUAUGUCUUGCUCAGCCUCCUUCAGGUGAAGGAUGCCGGCGGCUCUAUGACCAUCCACACUUUCGGGGCCUACUUUGGGCUGAUGGUGUCCCGCGUUCUUUUUCGACCCCACCUGGACAAGAGCCGGCAGCGGGAAGGCUCCGCCUACCACUCGGACCUCUUUGCUAUGAUUGGCACGCUCUUCCUGUGGGUCUUCUGGCCCAGCUUCAACUCGGCAGUGACCGCCCACGGGGACGACCAGCAGCGGACAGUGAUGAACACCUACUUCUCCCUGGCGUCCAGCACCCUCACCACCUUUGCCAUCUCUGCCCUGGUGAACCGCGGAGGCCAGCUGGACAUGGUUCACAUCCAGAAUGCCGCUCUAGCUGGCGGAGUGAUUGUUGGCACUUCGGCCGAGAUGGCACUGACUCCCUUUGGGGCCCUGAUCGCUGGGUGCGUGGCUGGCCUGGUGGCCACCCUCGGCUUCAAGUUCCUCACGCCCAUCCUGGCUGCCAGGCUGAAAAUCCAGGAUACCUGCGGAAUACACAACCUGCAUGGGUUGCCCGGCUUGCUCGGUGCCCUCCUUGGUGCUCUGGUGGCCGCUCUGGCAACCCCGGAUACCUAUGGAGAGGGAAUGGCUGACGUCUUCCCCCUUGUGGCCUCUGGGCAGCGGACCUCCAUCAGACAGAGCCUCUUCCAGUUGCUGGGCCUGCUGGUCUCCCUGGGCAUGGCCACAGUCGGUGGCAGCCUGGUGGGGGCCAUCCUGAAGAUGGGAAGCCUUGCGAUGCCCCCAGACGCUCUCUGCUUCGAGGAUCAAAUCUAUUGGGAGGUACCUGAGGAACAUCAUGAUGGCUUCCAGGUCAUGGAAGCUCUGAGCACGGAGGAGGCGGACAAAGACCCCCAUGCCUGACAGAGUUGGCUGGGGAUGCUCACAUCACCCUCAUCACCAUCACCACCAACAUUCAAGAAAGCAAUCAGUCCAGACAGUCAUGUAUUGUCUGGAAAAAAGCAAGGAGGAAUCUGAUGCGGGAGGAGCAGCUCCUUCCACAAUUGGAGUCUGCCUGGAAGAUGGUUUGCAAUGACUCAGGUGCACAGGGUCAGAAGCGGUAGUGGAUUCCACUUACCUUCACUACCGGUUUGGAAGUGUGAGCACGUGCAUGCGCUCGCUUCACUCACGCGCAGAACUUCUGCGCAUGUGCAGAAUGUCCAUGAUGAUGUCCAGGUGGGUGGGCGGAGCCUCCCGUCACUGCCACUACCGGUUCUCCCAAACCAGGGUAAACCAGUAGAAACCCACCACUGGUCAGAAGCACCAUCUUCCACAUGAUUAUUUCAUGGGUCCUAGAAUUGUGCCAUCAACUACUAAAAAAUAUCCCAAGGCCAACAGGAGCCGAUGUUCUUUUUAAAGUAAAUGUGUUUUCUUUCACAACCACCCUACUGUCAUGCCAUAUUACCUUUGUGCCUUCAGGGUCCAGGCCUGCCACAAUCCUACCGUGGGAAGUUGGGAGGGGGGGAUUGCGAGAGUGGCGUAGAUUUAGCCAUAACAAAAUUCUCUAUAGAAGUUGAAGGCCAUGGUGUCCGGCAGCUGUGCAAAGAAGAAAUUGGAGGAUGUCUUCUGUUCAAGAAAGAUCUGAUUGGAGCUGUGGUGGACAUAGGAGAGAUGUGGGCAGGAUCUUGAACUUUCUUUUGGAAGCUUUCAGAUUCCGGUUUUCCCAGAUGUGCUAAUAUGACGUCUCUAAUAAAAGUUAGCUUUGAGGAA